UUCACUUCAGUGGGAGUAAAGAGAGAAGGAAGGAAGCCGAGGGUUUAGCAGGAUAUCAGCAGACAGGCCAUGGCUCCACGGUCCCAGCGACGAAGACACAAGAAACCUCCCUCAUCAGUGGCUCCCAUGAUUGUGACCCCACCCAAGGUUGUGACCCCUGUGCCUCCGACCCUCUCAAAACCUGGACCUAGCAUUGAUGCACUUGGCUUCUUCUCUUUGGAGAAUAAUGUUCCUGGCCUGUCCCAGCUGAUCCUUCAGAAGUUAAACAUGAAAAGCUAUGAAGAAUACAAGUUGGUGAUAGAUGGGGGUAUCCCUCUAUCAGGCUUUGGAUUUCGAUGUCCUCAAGAAAUGUUCCAGAGAAUGGAGGACACAUUCCGAUUCUGUGCUCAGUGUAGAGCACUCCCUAGUGGUCUUUCAGACUCCAAGGUCCUCCGACACUGCAAGAGGUGCAGAAAUGUCUAUUACUGUGGUCCAGAGUGCCAGAGGUCAGACUGGCCAGUGCACAAAAGGGUCUGUCAAGAGCUGCGUCUUGUGGCUGUAGACCGUCUCAUGGAAUGGCUUCUGGUCACAGGUGAUUUUGUCCUACCCUCAGGACCUUGGCCACAGCGGGCUGAAGUUGUACAGAGCUGGGAUACUUGGUUUUCCAUGCGGGGCUUACAGCUAGAUGCUACGCUAGGUGCUGUGCUAGGUAGUCAUGCCAUGACUACCUUGUGGACCAGUGUAAAACGACCAAGGCCAGGCUCAGAUGUUCUGCAAGGCUCUUUGAAACGGCUGCUGACAGAUGUCCUGUCACGACCCUUGACACUGGGCCUAGGGCUUCGGGCAUUUGGGAUAGAUGUUGGAAAGGCUGGGGGAAGCACAGUGCAUGUAGUUGGUGCUUCCCAUGUGGAGACAUUCCUUACUCGCCCUGGGGACUAUGAUGAGCUUUCCUACAUGUUUCCUGGACACCUUGGCUUCCAUGUAAUCAUGAUUGGUGUAGAUGUGGCUACUGGCUUUUCACAGAGCACCUCAGCUUUACCCCUGGAACCUGGCACAGUUCAGCUUAGCAGCCACAGGGGUCUCUAUCAUGACUUCUGGGAGGAGCAAGUAGAGACUGGACAGAUAGCCCAUCCAGAUUUGGUAGUAGGAUUCCAUCCAGGUUUCCAUUCCUCUCCGGACCUGAUGGAGGCUUGGCUGCCUACCCUGCUGCUACUUCGUGAUUAUAAGAUCCCAACACUGAUUACUGUUUACAGCCAUCAGGAAUUGGCAGCCUCUUUGCAGAUUCUGGUGGACUUGGAUAUAGACAUCACUGCAUAUGGAGCUAACCCUUUCACGUCCCUUAAACCUGAGCAAGUCUAUUCCAACCCCAACAAGCAGCCAGUAUACUGCAAUGCCUACUAUAUCAUGUUUCUUGGAAGUUCCUGCCAGCUGGAUGAGAGACAACUGAAAAAGAAAGUGGAUGACAGGGUUUAAAUAGCUGAGCCAGAUCCGGACUGAAUGUCUGGAAAGUAGGGAGGUUGUGAUGAAAUUACUCUUCUAAUGCCAAGUUAUUGCCAGCUUCGAAACCCACUAUAUCCUAAACCUCAUACAUUGUCCAGGUAAAGAUUCUAGCUGAAUGGCAGCUCCUAUGACAUGACU